CCACUUGCACACACAUAAAGCUGCCUCCUAAACACAGCUACCACUAGCUCUUGGACUGAGCCACUUUGCACUAUAGAGAAGAAGCGAUGAGCCGCGGGGUGUGGUUUUCUGCACUUGGGCUGCUGGCCUGGCUGUGCUGCCUCAGUAUGGGGCCCGUGGAGGGGGGGAAGGUGCUGGUUGUGCCUGUGGAUGGGAGCCACUGGCUCAGCAUGAAAAUACUGGUGAAGGAGCUCAGCGAGAGGGGACAUGACAUUUUGGCACUGGUGCCAGAAACCAGCCUGUUGAUCCAUGGCUCAGAGAGCUUCAAGACAGAGGUCUACCCUGUCCCCUUUACCAAAGCAGAACUGGACGGAAAUUUCAAAGAGCUGAAGGAUGGAGUGUUCCUCAAGCCGCCGAAGGUCACAGAUUUGUUUAUCAACAUGCAGCGUUUGGUAAACUUCACGACAGUUCAGGUGACAGCCUGCGAGAGUUUGCUGAACAACCAGCCUCUAAUGGGUCGACUGAGGGAAGGGGGCUUCGAUGUUUUGUUAACAGACCCAUUCCUUCCCUGCGGCUCUGUCCUGGCUCAUAUCUUUAACAUCCCAGCAGUUUAUUUCCUGCGGGGACUUCCAUGUGAGAUGGAUCUAAAAGCUAACCAGGUCCCCUCUCCUCGUUCUUACAUUCCUGUGGCUUUCUCUGGUAACACUGACAUCAUGACAUUCCCACAGAGAGUCAAAAACAUGCUCAUGUCUUUUCUGGAGUCCUACAUGUGCAGAAUUAUCUAUGCACACUUUGACGAUCUGGCCCGAAAGUACAUAGGAGACGACAUGACCUACAGUAAACUUCUCAGUAAUGGUGCAAUCUGGCUUCUCAGAUACGACUUUACUUUUGAAUGGCCCAGACCGCUCUUGCCGAACAUGGUUUUUAUUGGCGGUAUCAAUUGUGGAAAGAAGUCUCCUCUGCCUGCGGUGAGUAUUCAAAGAAUGUAUCUCCGUGUAAAUAAGCAACAGUUACAUCUGGAAUCACUCCAGGCAAAAUGCAUACUGGUGUUGAGUCAGACUGAAGCAAAGCCAUUUAAAGUUGAUGUAAUGAAGUCUACACCAUAACAUAGAAAAAAUACUUGCCAACAGUUUUAUAUAUAAACAAU